GCUUACCAAAACUAUGUAUGGAAACAAACGUUAUACAAAACUGCAAACACUACAUAGAUCACAACAUUUCACAAGGGACUGAAGUUAAUGAACAACCCGGAAAUCUCCUUUCGUAAGUGCACAGUGCUGGCGGACCGUUUAUUCGAUGCACUUCCGGUUCCUUAAGUCCUGCUACAGUUUUUAGCAAACAUAAGUGACAUCAGUCGUGUAAAAGAUAUCUGCCUGUGCUUUUUUAUCUAGUGAUGGAAGCUACGUAUGAUGGGGCAGAGGUAACAGUAGUAACAGAAGAAGUAGGAGGAUGUUAUACUUUCAUGGAAACUGCACCCCCGAAGAAGAAGAGAAAAUUGAAAGGACAUGGAGAAAAUGGGAAAAAGACGAAGAAACCCAGGACAGCAUACCUCCUUUAUUACUAUGAUAUUUAUCUGAAACUGCAGCAGGAUUUUCCUAGUCUGCGCCAGUCUGAAAUAAACAAGAAGAUCAGCGAGAGCUGGAAGCAUCUGAGUGUGGCAGAAAAGGGAUAUUACCUGGAGCGAGCUAAGCUGGAAAAGGAAGGAAAGGACCCUAAUGCUAAUUUGACUACUGCUUCAGCCAUGGCAACUGAUAUCCCAGGUUUUCGUAGAAUACUUCCUCGCUCAGAAUACAUUAUCAUUCCAAAAGCUACGCUGCAUAGUAACAGAACUAAAAGCCAUGGGGUUUUGGAACCAACACCUCAGUCCGUCAGCCAAGAGAAUAUACAGGACACGUUUUGUAGCACAAACACCACGGCUGUGGAGUCAGGCCACUUUGGCAUAUCUGAACACUGUGUUGGUAUUGAAGGACUAGCACAGGAGACUACUACUUUCAGUCAGCCAGGAUCCAUACAUGAAGUUAUUACUUCAGAAAUUCUUUCCCAGUGUACCAGUUCUGCAGGAGAAAAAGUCAACGAUUUAAUUCUAAGCGAGACCUCACUUGAGUUAGCAGACACUCAUCCAUAUCAAACAUCUGGUAUUGUUAUUGAAGAGACACUAGUCACUAAUAGUGGGGACUUUCCACAAGGUGGAAUAGCAUUGGCACAGCAGCAGCAGACUUCGGAAGGGGUGUCACUGGUUGCGGUGGUAGCAGAUGAGGAAACAGAAGAAACUUCUGUGUCGGCCCCUGCUACCCAGUUCAUUAUGGUACCGCUGCCACCUGCUCAGCAACCCAAAGAACUCGCUCCCUUUGUUAAACUGACAACAACAUACACUCGCAGAGGACGAGGAAGCUGUACAAAUCCUGGAUGCUCCUUCAGUUAUGUCACAAGACACAAACCACUACAGUGUGCCAAGUGUGGGAAAUAUCUAGGAGGAAAAUGGAUACCAAAGGUCAAAGAAAGUCAAUCAGUGCGGGUUGCUGCAGAAGUGAGCACAGUGCCACAAAAAGUAGCUCCUGAAGAGGGCUCUCCUGUAGCCUCUGACUCACAGACUGUCAGGACAGAGAAUGUCAAGUACACCACUGAGAACUCUGAAGCUGUCACUCAGCUCCUUAAUGUCACUUCAGAUGAUGAUCACGAUGACCUUAAAACAGAAUGGGAAGAAGUAGUUAUCUCAGAUACACAUAGUCUUUAUACACUACAGAAACUGGAAGGAGGCGGUCCUGACAGUGAAAAACAGGAUGGAGGAAGGCAGAAUGAAACUGUGUCAGCUGGCGAGCAUGAGAGCAAAAGUUUGUCUGUUAAACAAGUACUGCCAAAUGGCCUAUAUGCCAAGACUGUGUCUCAGACUCCAUUUACCACGGCUGAAAAUGUUGCAGCAUCUGCUUUUUCAGCUGGAGUUAAAACCCUGGAACCGAAAGGGAAAGCCAAAGUAAAGCCUUCAUUGCUGGCUGCAGGUCGCCCAGUCAGAGCCAUCCUUCCUGCUCCUGUCUGUUCAGAUAAACGUUCACAUCCUAAGACCCCUGGUCUCAAGCCCAGCACUUUGAAACAGUUGGGUCAUUCAGUCCAGUCAGUAGUGAAUGUCUGCGAGCAAAAGGUUAAUCACAGCAUCUUCAAGCAGUCGCCUCAACUACAGAUCUUUGAGUCCAGAAAAGAGACAUUUCCUUCUUAUAAGUGCAGCACUUGGACAAAUACAUUUGAUCUGGGACUGGCAACAUCACGAGGCAGAGGGAAAUGUAAAAAUCCGUUAUGUAGCUAUGUUUAUACAAACAGACACAAACCUCAAGUUUGCCCUAGAUGUGGCUACAUCCUAUCCAAAGAUAAACCCCAAAGAACUGAAAAACUUUCUGAGACGCUUGUACCUCUGUUAGCUCCUGGUCAGUCUCUAACCCAGUCUCAGAAAGAAAUCCAGCGCCAGUCUACUCUUCUGCUUCUGCGGAAGACUGUACAGAUUCCAGAAAAUGAGUCUGACUUAACAGAAGUACUCACCUUGAUACAGGAGCUGAACAUGUCUUGGCUAAUUCUCUCUAGCUCAAGUGGGGAGACUGUGACCUUUGAGCAUAGUUCCUGGCCAAGCUACUAUGAAUCUGCUAGCACUCAUUGUGGACUCUGUGACACGCCAUUGUAUAAAGUAAAUGAAAGUUCCCAAGAGAGCUCUGAAGAAUGUUGGCUGUUGACAGCAACCCAUUUACAGAUGGUUUCUGCUCAGGCUAAGUGCUGUCUGAACCCUCGGUGUCUCGCACUGCACAUGUUCACAGACAUUAACUCAGGUCUUUUCAAUGUUGGAAAUAGGCUGCUGGUUAGCCUUGAUCUGUUAUUGAGAAUCAGGACUCAGAUAAAAGCGGGAGAAGACCCCAGAGAAGCAUUCUGUGCGGUAAUGAAUUCUGUUGUGAAACAAACUGGGACGACAGUACAGGAUACCCACUUCAAUCAUCUGUUGGAGUUGCUGUGCAAUGGCUACUGGGCAUUUGAGUGCCUAACCAUCCGAGACUACAAUGACAUGAUCUGUGGCAUAUGCGGAGUAGCUCCUAAAGUAGAGAUAGCACAGAGAAACAAGCACAGUGUCCUUUCACUACAGAAUAUAGAGUUUACAUGGCCGGACUUCUUGACGUCGGCAGAGGUUAAUGUAGAUGAUUUCUGGUUGACUAUGGAAAUGGAGGCAAUAGAACAGGCAGCUUUCCCUGCCAGCAUUCCCAUUACAAAGUUUGACGCAUCCAUCAUUGCCCCAUUUAUUCCACCACUGAUGAGAGCAGGUGCAGUUGUCAACACAGAAAAGGACAAGAACAGCAGCAAGCAGUUUGCCUCUGGAAAUGUAAAUGUUCUUGUGCGACUCUGUCAGGAGGGUGCAGUCAAACUUGACAAGCUUAGCUGCUACUCUGAGGAUGACCUUAAAGACUUACUGCAGCAGUGUAAUGUACCUUAUAAUCCUAGCGAUUCAAAGGACCAGAUGUGUAAUUCCCUUCUGUCUCUUUAUCACUCUGUAGAAAAUGGAUAUGCAGAGUUAGAAACAGAACCUGAUUCACUGCUGACUGGAGGCAAAAUCUACAAAGUUUGUCCACAUCAGGUGAUUUGUGGAUCAAAGUAUAUAGUGAAACCUGAAUUUGCUCGUGACCAUGUGGACUUACUUGUGUCCUCCCGACAUUGGCCACCUAUAUAUGCUGUAGAUUUAGCAGCUCAGGUUGCACUUACAACAGAUGUCUGUUAUCCUGAAUUGGCUGCACAGAUGUGGGGGAAGAACCAGGGCUGCUUUUCUGAUCCAAUGGAGCCUGUAAAGUAUGUUUCGUGUCCUGAGCUACUUGACAGCCAGUAUAGCAUUGAUAUAUCUACAGUGGACAAUUCAGUUCAGCACCCAGUCACCAAGUCUGCUGUUCGAAGAAUUCUCUGUUCCAAAGUGGACACGACCACUGAAAUAUGUCCUGAUGCACAGCAUCGUUCUUUCAAUGUGUGCAAAGAACUAGAGCCUUAUGAUGCCAUUAUUUCAAGUGUUGCUGACUCCAAAACAAACAAAAUUCGACAAAAAGCCGUCACUUUUGAAAAUGCUACAUAUUACUACUUAUAUAAUCGUCUAAUUGACUUUCUCACAAGUAAAGACAUCGUGACCAAACAAAUUAAUGAGGUUGUGCAGAGCUGUCAGCCUGGGGAGGUGGUUAUUCGUGACGCAUUGUACAGGCUAGGAGUGGCUCAGAUUAAUACAGAAGCAGAAGUGCAAUAUGAAGAGGAUGGAACACUUUUAUAGCUGAGGUUUAAUGUGAAGUAUUUUUUUCUCAAACGAUUCUCUGGUUUCCUGGAGCCUGAGCCAGGGUCAGCACUUUUCAUGAGAGUGAGUCAGGAAGGUUAUUUGCAUGCCUUGUAUUCCUGGUGUCAUACACACUGUCUUAGCAAUAACCCUUAUGCACUAGCUGUUUUGUAAUGGAAGCAAAGCACCAGGAAUUGAGAAGCUGGAACAUUAAAUUUGUGGAAUAUGACAGUGGUUCAUCCCCUUGCAGUAAAUAAGGUUUACAUUAAGUUCCUCUAACUAGAAAGUGAGAGAUUGGUGGAAGCUAGGAUUUGUGUGUUUGUGCUUUUGUUUGAGGUGGAGCACUAGUGUACACUGUCUUUUAUUUUUAUUUGUGACGUAUUUGUUGAAUGAUUAAGCAGUUAUGUUAAAUGUCACUAUGAUGUAUGUUCUCCAUUUGUUUUAAUUUGUACAACAUUAUACCAGUUUAGCAGUGAGGUGCAGUCAUCAUUUGUAUGAUGUUACUGCUACAUUAUAGUUGAUCUCAGGCGAUUGGGUGUAAAGCACACAUUCUUUGCUCUUCUUGCCAUUGUUCGAAUUCUCUAGAUCAUAGGACAUGGCAGGCACUGACUUUUGAAGGUUGCCUGCAGCGGGCUGCUGUGUAGAUUUACUGCAACAUUCUGAAAUAUUUCUAGCUGGUGCCUUCGGGGGGGGGGGGGUGUAAGUUUCUUUUUGAUAUGUCAUUAUAUUAGUUUUUUCACUGAUGAGCACACCCAGCCUCUGUGCUCCCACUUUCUUUUCUGCUGUUCAGUUUAGAUUUUGAGUUUAGUGUACACUAUUGCAAAGUUACUGUAUUCCAUGUGGAAGUCUCUGAAACCUUCAGAGUGUUGCUGUCACCAUCCUGUCACUAGCUAGGACUUGGAGGUGGAGGAGUAUUCUGUGACAACUUAUCAACUGCCAGCAUUUCAUCUGGCCAUUCAUGGGAUGGCACAUUGUCUUUAGAAUGUGGUCAGCCCAAAGAUUGCCAGAAGGGUCACUGCAUGAUUCAAAGCCAGCUUCAGACAGAAUGGAGAGUUAAGGGAUCCUAAAGUAAUGCAUUAGCCAAAGUCUGUCUCACAGACUGCCUCUAGCUCCAUGCUUGUUUCCUUCUCUUGCACAUAAAUUGAGAGAUGAGGUGAAUAGGAAAUGCACAUCUGGUAAACACCUUAGGUGGGACUCUUUCUGUAGUGUCAUCACUGUCUUCCAAGCAUUACAAUGUCAGACGCAUUACUACAGCAAAUGUUCUUGCACAGAAUUAGCCUUUGAGUUACCCAGUGAAAGCUUAGUGGUCGCUGUUAAGUCUGCUCUCUUCCUCCCCCUCCCAAUGGGGAUCCUGUUUAGGCUUAUGGGUGAUAUCUAUAGGAGUAUGGCCUGUAUAAUGCCCCACUCAGGCCUCUCACAUGCAUACAUAGCAUGCUUCAUGCUCUUAUUACUGGACAGCUAGUACAGACCACCCUGCCCAGAGCUUGAGAGUCGUCUGCUCCCUUAUUCUGUCCUGCACAAGGGGAAUCUUAAGGUAAGGCGAAUGUUCAGUUUAAUAUUCACUGUUGCAUUCCAAAGUUUUAGGAUAUCCUUCUUUUAGGUAGUCUGACUGACCAGACUGCCUUCCAGAUCUUUAUCUUUUCCCAGGGCUUUGUCCAAGACCCUCCCACCUGGAUGCAAGGUUGCCAGUGGUAUAAGAUACAUUUCAGUCGAUGCCAUCUCCAGAUCUUUCUUGCCCUGUGGUGUAUAGCUGUACGUUUUUUUUUUACAUCAUUCUGAAUCUCUCAGAACUUCCGUGGGUCCUGUGACUCUAGGCAAGGUGCAUUUUCAGCCCCUGCCUUGGAGUUGGAUUCCAGGCGAGAGUGCUUUGCAGGCCUUCAUGCCAUCAGCAUCUCAUAAGUCCUCCAACACCAAUGUCUCUGCUGCUAUGCCGCUUGAGACUGUAGGCUGUUUGGUUUUGCAGACUUGUAACUUGAUUACUGAAAGGAAAAGCAGGAUCCGUAAAGUUUUUGUCCAUAAGGAGGUUCCCAGGGGCAGAAAGCACUAAAAACAAAUCCGGUUCCUGUCAGCUAGCCUUUACCUACGUUGGGCACAAAGUCAACCCUCUCCACUUUCAUGGCUUCCAGUAAUUCAGUUGGCCAAGAUUGUUCUGUCUCAUUCUCUCUUGAAACAGAAGAGGAGAGACAUAAAAAUUCCGGUGGAGACUGGGGACCCGUUCUAAAAAGAAGGAUGGAAUCUUCUUUCGAGCAUGAUGCUUGUUUUGGAGUGCUGCAUGCUCUGCUUUCACAUAAAGGUAUGUUUAAUAUUGACUACUUCAGUGUUUCUGAGAGACUAGUUAGGUUGGUUAUGAGUGUUCUGACCUGGGUGUAUAACUAGAUCUUGUUCAGAAAAUCAGUGCCCUUUGGCUCCAUAUUGUUUUCAUUGCCCUUCUACUUGCAUAAAGGUUGAAAUGCAGUGAUGCAGCCUAAAAGCAGUUCACAAAAGAAAAUAGAACUUGCUCCAUUUAUUCAGAAUGUUAUUUCCCUCUGAAAAUAUUAUUUCAGCAAGGUAGCUGUUGGGAUUUAAAAGCUCUGUUUGAGUAGUGUGCGCCAUCCUGGAAGUUAUUUGUCUUUAAAUGGCGAAGAAAAUUGUCUCAUCACGCAGAAGUCGUAUAUGCUGUUUUCAGCAGUGAAGUGUUUCCCAUUUUCUGCUUCUCCUAAUUAUCUAAUUUGAGAGCAUGCCUCAGUGUCAGCAAGAUGUUUCAGAAUAAAAACUGGGUUAUUUUCUGUGAAUGCAUGUUUCUGUGAGCAAAUGAAGAUGUGGACAUAAAAGUUAGUCUUAACUGAAGGGCUUAGUAGCCAUUUAAUCUCCCUCAUUACAGAUACAGGCAGACUGACAAAACAGCAUUGUUGUUUUGGUUGUUGAGGGAAUACAGCAAUAUUUUGAUCUAGCAUUACCUUUUCCCAUGGUGUCCAGUCACAGUGUUGAUCUGUGUUAUUCUGCCAUGUGAUAGCACAAGUCAGUCCCACUGACUGUGGUGAACCACAACCCACUGGACAUAAUUUGCAUAGUUGUCAGGCUCUUAGUUCAUCAGAGAUGAAAAUGGCCAAAAUAUUGAGGGGCAAGGGCUGAAAAUCAAGGGCAUGAAAUAUUGCUCUUAUGUGUUUAAAAAAAGUUAUAGAACAACACGAUUCACAUUUGAGAAGGAGACCAAAAAAUCUAAGGCACAAUCAGGGAUAGUUAUGAACAAUGGUAAUAUGUAAAGCUUUUUACCAUAUUGCAGUCCAACCAUGUAGACACUGAGGAAUCAUGUAGACUACAAUCAUGCCUUUUAGGUUUGUGUGGUGAUAGCAAUUCCACUGUAACUGUACCAUUGCUAGAUGCAGACAUUGGCUUUGUUUUACAAAUUUCAGACCUCUCUCUUGCCAUAGUGUGUGCUCUGCUACAUAAAAUCAGCUACAGCACCUAUACUCCCAGCAGCAUAUUUGGUUUGAUGCAGGAUAUUGUUUGUAAAUACACAAUGCAUAGGCAAUUAGAUGGAUUAAGUGCAUUAGUUGUCUGUACUGACCAUUAAUGGGAACUGGCCAUACUUCAUAAAUGUCAACCACUGGCAAAUGUCCUGCCACAGAAGGUGGUCUCUUGAGCACAUUAACUGGGUAAGAUGGUAAAGAAUAAGAAACAACCAUCAGAAAGUGGAGUUCCACAGAAGGAAAAGUACUGUUAGAAAUGUGUUAGAAGAAUUUGAAUAUUUCAGACUUUGGUUUUGAAAUCAAGAAGCCUUAGCUUGGAUUUUAGGUACCUUUGAACAAAUAUUGCAUCUUCCAUCAGAUAUUUUACACACACCCUCCCCCAUUUAUUUUUGAACAUUUGUCAUACCGAAGUUCAGUUUUCAUUGGUGCCCUAUGUAAAUGUAUGCAUUUAUGUUUGUUGGGUAUGUUUUGUAUGGGUUUGCAUUUGUGCCUUUGUAGGUGAAGACGCACUCCUCUAAGCCAAUAAUAGUAUUUCAGACUGAUUAUUUGAAAACCUUUGUGCAUAUGCUGGAUAUGUACUUCUGCAGAAGCUAGCUGGCAUGAAAUUGCCUAAAAUGUGAAAAUGGAUUUGUAAUUCAGGCACAAACAUAAUAUCAGGACUGGCUGUACUUCAAUGCUGACAUUUUCUGCAGUUAAAAAGAAACAGGACUUUGCUGAAGAUGAAUAACAUUUUGGCUCUCCAGAAUACAAAAGAAAAAAAAAAGGAAAAAUAAAGGAAUCAAGGCAUGACAGUAAUAUAUUUGUAUUUCCACAUAUAUGUGGGUAAAAUUUCCUUCUGUGAAGGAAUAAUGCUGUAUCUUUUUAUACAGUGUGUUAUAAAUUGUGGAAAUAAAUGAGUUCAUUUCCAUUCAGUA